AUGAAAAGGUACUUCGAACGCCAACAGCAACAACGGCAGCAGCAGCAGCAACAGCAACAGCAGCAGCAGCAGCAGCAGCAGCAACAGCAGCAGCAGCAACAGCAGCAGCAACAGCAGCCAAAGCAGAGGCAUGAACAUUGUUUUCACCGCCCUCCUACCUGGGAGCGGAUAGGCAGGAAGCUGAUGACAACAGAGGAAGCAAAAAGCUGCCUAAUCAACACGCUGCUGCUGCUGAGGGAGCAGCCGCAGCAGCAGAUUCGCUGCGCGGGACUCGUGGGCUUCUUGCCUCUCGUCUGUGGCUUUCACCUCGUAGCUGCUGCCGGCGCACAGCCCGCGGCGCGUUUGCUGCUGCACCACACGGUGUAUGCUGCUGACGGCUUGCUGCUGCUGCCGCUCUUCUUCGAGGCGGAAACUGUGCAGGAGGCAGCAGCUUUCUGCUGCAGCACAGCCCCCACUCUUGACUUGCUGCACGCUGUGCAGCAGCAAAAGCAGCAGCAGCACCAGAUGCAGCAGCAGCAGCAGCACCAACAGCAACUGCAGCAGCAGCAGCAACCUCAGCAGCAGCACCAGCUGCAGCAGCAGCAGAAGCACCAGCAGCAGCAGCUUCUGUUCCUGCAGCAGCUGCAAGAUCUUUGCCGGGGCCUUGUAGGUAUGUCGUUGGGCUCAGGACCAGCAGCAGCAGCAACAGCAGCAGCAGCAGCAGAAGACGCCAAGUAUAGAACCUCAGUUUUUGCGUAUCAUGCAGACAGAGGAUUUUACUUCUGUAGGACCCUCUGUAUCAACCUGCCCCUUCAACAGUUAGCUGCUAGGAGACCUGCUGCGCGUGCUGCUGCUGUCGCUGCUGCUGCUGCUGCUGCCGCUGCUGCUGCUGAGCCAGCAGCUACAGCAGAUAUAAGAACAGCAGCAGCAGCAGCUCGUGCUGCUACAGCCCGCGCAGCGUUGUUCCACGAGCUGUACCUCAGUUGCGAGGUGCCCCCAGCUGACGGCAGCUGUAAUCAGCAGCAGCAGGAGCAGCAGGAGCAGCAGCAGCAGCAGCAGCAGCAACAGCAGCAGCAGCAGCAGCAGCAGGGAUCUGGCAGCCGCUGGCGUUGGUCACCGUUACACCGGGAGGAGUGCCGGUUUCUGUGGAAUCGUGAGCUGCUCUCUUUGCUGCUGCAGCAGCAGCAGGCGGAUCUGAUAGCGGAGGGUUUCUUCUUGCUGCUGCUGCAUGGCUCGGUGCAGCAGCAAAUGCUGCACACACAGGGAGUGAUGCUGCAGCUGCUGACAAUCUCAAGACGGUCUGCUGCUUUCGCCGGGCCUCGCUACCGUAAGAGGGGACUCAACGACGCUGGCGAUGCAGCAAAUGAAGUGGAGGUGGAGUUCAUAUGUCAGGCAACGAUGCCUUCUCGCUCAGCCGCCGCCGCCGCCGCAGCAGCAGCAACAGCAGCAGCAACAGCAGCAGCAACAGCAGGAGAAGCAGCAGCAGACAGUGCUGCUGCGCUGUGGCGGAAAGUUUUGCUGCGGGGGGGAGGGGCCUUUGAGAGUGCUGUUGCUUCUCAUGUCCUCGCCAGAGGCAGCGCGCCGCUGCUGUGGUGUCAAGACACCACCGUCAUACCCUCAAGACCCAGAAUACAACGCAGGAUGACGGACGUGAACUGCAGCGCCAUAAGGAGACACAUGGCAGGUUUGCUGCAGCGGUAUGGGGCCCCUUUGCUGCUGCUGAAUCUGCUGCGCUGCAGCCCUCGCCUGGGGCCCCCUGCUGCAGCACAGCAGACAACUCCGCGUGCGGUUGCUGCUGCAGCAGCUAGGCUUGGGGGGCAGCGUCACCAGAAACAGCAGCAGCAGCAGGGGCAAGGCGGAGCAGCAGCAGCAAUAGAGGCAGCGCUUGCUGCUGCGGAGAAAGAUGAAGACAGCCACAGCGAAGAAGCAGCAGCAGCAGCAGCAGCAACUGUAGCAGAGCAGGAGGCCUGUCUUGGGGAGGAGUAUCGCAGGGCAGUUGCAGCUCUGAACGCAGAGCUUCCUGCUGCGCUGCAGCUGAGGUUUGCUGCUGUUGAUAUAGAAGCAGCAAGACGCACAAACCCCCUGGGGGCCUCCGCCUGGGUGCUGCGCGCCAUAGUCACCCUGACAGGCAGCAGCGGAGACGACCUCGCCCUUCAGUAUGGAGGGUUUACGGUGGUUGUGUGCGCACAGGGUCGGUGGCCCACAGGAAGAGGCUCGAGCCGCUGGCUUGGGCGGCGCAGCUGCCGCGGGGAUCGUCUCCAGAGGAAGAGGCUCGAGCCGCUGGCUUGGGCGGCGCAGCUGCCGCGGGGAUCGUCUCCAGAGGACGAUCCCCGUGCUGACCCCUGGAGCCUCUUUAGUACAGCUGCAAGCAGCAGCAGCAGCAGCAGCAGCAGCAGCAACAGCAGCAGCAGUUGCUUUUUUCAGUUGCCGUCGUCGCCUAUCGCGGCAUCUGCUGCAGCGGAUGAAGCUGCUCUUGCAGAAUAUCCUCGCAUUAGCAGCCGGAGCAGCAGCAGCAGCGGCAGCCUCAACAGCAGCAUCAGCAGCAGCAACAACAUGAGCAGCAGCAGCAGCAGCAGCAGCAGCAGCAAGUCUAGCGGCAUCAUAAGCAGCGCGUUGGCUGCCUUGCAGGGUGUAUCCUCAGCUCUGGCCAUGCAGUGGGCGGGGGGCCGCAGCAGCGGCGCCUCCUUGCUUCCGCUGCUGCCGGGCCUUUCUACUUCGCUGCAGCGCAGGUACAGCAACGUGCUCGAGGACGGCCACAAGCAGCAGGCGCUGAAUAUUUGGUUUUGUUUGUCUUCGCCGCUGCAGCGGCAAAAUAUAAGAACACCUAUAUGGAAGAUAGAGGAUAACAACGACCUGUAUAUACACCACAACACAACCGCAGCAGAGGAGACCGCCUGCCCUCUCCCCAGCAAGCCGCUUGACCCCGUUUUGCCAGCAGCACAACCAGAAGCAGCAGCGACAGAAACAACAACAACAGCAGCAGCAGCAGCAGCAGCAGCCAACUGCGCUCUCCCGGAUGCCCCUGCUGCUGCUGCUGGUGCUGAUCCUCCUGCUUCUGAUGAUGCUGCUGCUGCUGCUGCUUCAGACUCGCAGCUCAUGGCGGCAAGGAGUGAAUACUGUGAUGAAAGCAACAGCAGCAGAAAUGACAGCAGCAGCAGCAGCAGCAGCAGCAGCAGCAAGGCAUCUUCAGCGCAUGCAGGGCUGCAGCAGGGGCUGGAGGAGAGUGUCUCAAUGGGGAUGUCUUCUCUGGCGUUGCUGCUGCCGAGCCUCAUAGACAGCAAAACAGCAGCAGCACGAGCGCUGCAGUGCUGCUACGUGCUGCUGCUGCGGGAGGAGGAACAGAGGUGGACGUACACUGCACUGCAGCAGAUGCAGCAGCAGCAAGAGGAGGAAGAACGCAGAGGCAGCAGCCACCUAUCGAGGUGGCCCUCUGCACACUUGGUGCUACAGCAGCGCAGCAGCAGCAGCGCGCUGCAGCAGCGUCUGCUGCAGGCACACAGAGUACGGCGACUCACGAUGCAAGCAGCGGGCUCCACGGCCUCUGUAAGCCAGAAGCAGCAGCAGCAGCAGCAGCAGCAGCAGCCAGCAGCAGAUUGCUGCUACCAGCGCUGCUGCUCACCACUGGUAGCAGCUGCCGAGCCCAAGGCGCUGCUGCUGGUCCUACCGCAAGCAGCAGCAAAGGCGCCACAGGCGGGCUGUGCUGCAGCUAACAGCCAGGAGCAGCAGCAGCAGCAGCAGCAGCAGCAGCAGCAGCAACAGCAGCAGCUGCUGCUACGGAAGAGCGCAGCAGCAUUUAAAAGGAUUUUGCGAGAGCAGCUGAGGAGAAGCCUUGAGGUGUAUGUACAGCAGAGGCAGCUGCAGCACAAGAGCGCCCUGAAGGGUCUUCCUUAUGAACUGCAGCAGCAGCUGCAGCUCAGCAGCAGCAGGCGCAGCGGUGUAGACUGUCGCAUUGGAGCUGCGAACAGCAGCAGCAGCAGCAGCAGCUGCUGCUGGAGAGCAGCACUUGCUGCUGCUUCAGAUACCGUGCUGCAGCCCGUCGAGCUGCAUGCGCAGCAGCAGCAGAUACACCUCGCCAGACUGCAGCAGCAGCAGCACCAGCUGCAGAUGAGUUUGCUGCUGCCAGCCAUGUAG